GUCUGCGUGGUGGGCCUCUUCGGCAAGACGGCCCUGCAGCUCAGCUCCGAGAAGGCGGCCUUGGUGAACACGGUGUGCGACCGGCAGGUCUUCCCUCUCUUCCAGGGGGACGGCGAGGGCGGAUCCUCCCUUGGAGCAGAAGGAGGGAGCGACGGGGAGGACGGCCUGGGCGGUGGUGGCGGUGGUGCUGGGGCCGGUCUGGGAGGCGAUCUGAGCGGAGGGGGUCCCCCUCCUCCUCCCCCUCCCUCCUCCUCCGCCUCUUCUUCUUCUUCCUCCUCCUCCUCCUCCUCCUCUUUCUCCGCCGCCUCCUGCCAGGGGGAUUACAACUUCCUCCAAGCCUAUUACAGCCAGGACUGCAAAGUCCUCUACCUGGUGCUCACCUCCAUCUGCGACAGCCACCAGCUGCUGCAGGCCUGCAAGGACCUGGACUCCAUGGCAGAAGCCCAGGGAUCGGCGGGCCUGGGGGGACACCCGGCCCAGGGCGGGGCCCCGCUGCCCCACGCCGAGGCCCACGAGUUCUGGAAGAACCAGGAGAAACUGCACUGCCUCAGCCUCCUCUACCUCUUCUCGGUCUGCCACAUCCUCCUGAUGGUGCACCCCACCUGCUCUUUCGACAUCACCUACGACCGGGUCUUCCGGGCGCUGGACGGCUUGCGCCAGAAGGUCCUCCCUUCCCUGAAGGCCGCCAUCAAGGACUGCCCGGUGGGCAAAGACUGGAAGCUCAACUGCCGGCCGUGCCCUCCCCGGCUGCUUUUCCUCUUCCAGCUCAACGGGGCCCUCAAAGUGGAGCCCCCUCCGAGCAGGGGGCAGGACCUCUGCGGGCACCUGGAGAAGCCUCCCCCCAAAAAGCACUCCCCCAAGCGGCGCCUCCAGCACGCUUUGGAGGACCAGAUCUAUCGCAUCUUCCGCAAGAGCCGGGUGCUGACCAACCAGAGCAUUAACUGCCUCUUCACCGUCCCAGCCAACCAAGCCUUUGUGUACAUCGUCGCCGGAGGAGCCCAGGAGGGCGACGACCCCGUGGCGGUGCUGCUGGACCAGCUGAGGAGCAACUGCGUCAACCGGGAGGCGGAGCCGUCUUUGACGCCCGCCUUGGCCGGGCCGCGGAGGUACCAGAUGAUGAGGCAUGGAAGGCAACAGUUAUCCUUCCACGUCGAGAGCAGCGGCAGCAGCAGCAGCUCCUCUUCUGGGCAACUGGUGGACUGCACCUUGAAGGAAUUCCUCUUCCAGCACGUGGAGCUGGUCCUCAGCAAGAAGGGCUUUGAUGACAGUGUCGGGCGGAACCCCCAGCCCUCCCACUUUGAGCUCCCCACCUACCAGAAGUGGGUGGCCACUGCCCUGAAGCUCUACGAGGUGACCCUCAAAGGCAAAGACGGCGAGUCCUCCUCUUUCACCGGAGAGCUUGCCUCCAAGAUCAUGGGGAGCAUCAAAGUCUUGGAGGGCUACCUCGAUAUAGACACCAAGUUCUCCGAGAACCGCUGCCAGAAAGCCCUCCCCAUGGCCCACAACGCCUACCAGUCCAACCUGCCUCACAACUACACGAUGACCGUCCAUAAGAACCAGCUGGCUCAGGCCUUGCGGGUGUAUAGCCAGCAUGCCCGGGGUCCAGCCUUUCACAAGUACGCCCUCCAGUUGCACGAAGACUGCUACAAGUUCUGGAGCAACGGGCACCAACUGUGCGAAGAGAGAAGCUUGACCGAUCAGCACUGCGUGCAUAAAUUCCACUUGUUGCCUAAACCAGGAGAGAAACCUGAACCAGAUAGGAAUCCUCCAGUGUUGUAUCAUAACAGCCGGGCUCGCUCUACUGGGGCCUGCAACUGUGGAAGGAAACAGGCACCCCGAGAUGACCCCUUUGACAUCAAAGCAUCAAAUUACGACUUCUAUCAGCUCCUGGAAGAGAAAUGUUGUGCAAAACUGGACCACAUCCACUUUCCCAUAUUUCAACCCAGUACGCCAGAUCCAGCACCAGCCAAGAAUGAGGCCUCCCCGAGCCCUCCUGAAGGGGAAGCGGAGAAACUGAAAGAGAAGGAGCCGCAGACUCAGGGAGAGAGCACUAGCCUCAGUUUAGCUCUCAGCCUGGGCCAGUCCACCGACAGCUUGGGGACUUACCCUGCUGACCCGCAGGCCGGAGGGAAUAACACAGAGGCUCACGGGCAGGCGACUGAACCUAAAGGGGAGAAGAGACCAAGCUUGGUAGACCGUCAGGCCUCGACGGUUGAGUACCUGCCCGGGAUGCUUCAUUCAAAUUGCCCCAAAGGUCUUCUGCCCAAAUUUUCCAGCUGGUCCCUGGUGAAACUUGGCCCCGCCAAGGCGUACAACUUCCACUCCGGUUUAGAUCAGCAGGGCUUCAUCCUGGGAACCAACUAUUUGAUGCCGUGGGACAUAGUCAUCAGGACCCGAAAUGACGAGGAGGGGGAUCUGGAUACGAAUUCCUGGCCAGCUCCCAAUAAGGCUGUUCCGGGGAAAAGGAGCGCCGUCGUUAUGGGGAGAGGGAGGCGACGGGAUGAUGUGGCUCGUGCCUUCGUGGGAUUUGAGUAUGAGGAUGCCCGGGGCCGGAGGUUCAUGUGUUCAGCGCCUGAGAAGAUCAUGAAGGUGAUGGGCGGAGGGCCAAAGGAAUCGGCCAUCAAAGCUCUCAACUCUGAUAUGCCCCUGUACAUCCUGUCGUCCAAUCCCGGGCGAGGACUAAAGCCACACUAUGCUCAGCUGAUGAGGCUGUUCGUGGUUGUUCCUGAUGCUCCACUCCAGAUAAUACUCACACCACAGGUCCAGCCAGGUCCACCUCCUUGUCCUAUAUUUUACCCUGAGAAACAAGAAAUAACCCUUCCGCCUGACGGACUCUGGGUGCUCCGUUUUCCAUAUGCCUACGUGACGGAACGUGGGCCCUGCUUCCCUCCCAAGGAAAACCAGCAGCUGAUGAGUUAUAAGGUGAUCCGAGGAAUCCUCAGAGCUGUCGUACAAUAGGAUUUACUGGCCGCCUAAGGCCGAGUUGGUUUUCGAAUGCUUUCUUUUUUUCCCCAGCCUCCGUUUCUCUCCCCUCACCUCAAAUGUGAAUGAUGGAUUUUGAUUAUGAACAGCUGGAAUUUUGACAGCAAUCACUGUUUUAAUUUUGUAAAGCUAAUGCACUUCGUAUUGAAACCAUGUAUGUGUGCCAAGCUCUUUUCAAGAUGCAAGUAUAUUUUGUAUUGGCAUCAAUUACAUGCUGGCUUACAAGGAUAUAUAAAUUGAAAUGAAGACAAGAAAAAUAAAAUGUCAGCUCCUUUGCUGUCAAAACAUAACUGUUCUCUAUUGGCUACACACAAGAGAGACCUCCAGCAACAUCUGUAGGAUAUCUAACUCCAACCCCAAAACAAGAGAGUUUUUGUUCGAAAUGCCAUCUAUGACUUCCUUGGUGAUACUGUGACUGGGUUGGCACAUAAUGGUAAGCCAGGUUGUAGCUUUUUGAGCUCUACCUUACCAUUAUGUGCCAACCCAUUCCUGCCGAGAAGGUGUGGGUUUUUUUAGCCAGCCAUAAACCACCAUUGGAAGCCACUGUGUUCAUGAAUCCUGGCUUGUUUAUCUCAUGGUUUGUUUAAGCAUGGUUUCUCACUGAAACUGGAGUUGACAAAAGGCAGCAGGAGAGAAGCAGACCAGAAAGGAGGAAAACAUGCUGGCCUUUUGGGUUGUCUGUGGGCUAGUUUGUAACUGAAGAAACAAGCCAUGGUUUCUGUCAAACUUGGUUAACAUGGCUAACAUAAACUAUGGCUUAGCGUGACAUGAAAAUAUAAACCAGGGCUUAGUACAACAUGAAUGCCUAGCUAAUAGGUUUUAAGGGGCUCAGGCAGAACAAUUACUUGUCUGAAAUACAUGGUUAUUCAUCCUGAAUAUAUGACAUGCUCAAUAACUACCAGUGCUGAAGUUUCUUUUGAAUAGUAUGAAAGGGGAUCGUAGUUAUGAGGGGGCAGACCCAUGCUACGUGUUUAUACUGGGCUCCCAAGAAUACAUCAGCUUUGAAUGAUCGUUGUUGUAAGCAGUGCUCUUUGAAAUGGCACUCUGCACAUGCUCAAAGGUACCACUUUAAUCUCAAAAUCAAGCUAAACCCUGCCACAAAUUUCCUGCAAGAAAAUUCUCAGCAAAUUGAGGAAAGCUCACACUGAAAUAAAUCUGUUAAUCUCUACUUU